AUGAAAAUAUUAUCCGUUUGGUUGCUGAUUUUUUUUGCUUGCUCAGCCUUACGGGUAACACAAGGGCUAGCCAUUGAUGUACCUGGAGGACUACCACAGCAUUAUCAACCAGGCCAGUUCACAUGGAAGUGUCAUCAAGACUUCCCUAGCGCCACACUGCCACUCUCGACGCCCUGGUUUCCAUUCUUUCCUCUUACCACCACAUCUCCAUCUUCUGCCAAUCGUUCUACUCCUUCUAAGCAAUCCAGGCCUACUAUUGAAAUUCAGCCAUGUGAGUCACAUUUACAAGAUAUUGAUGCUUGCAUUGUAGACAUUGUCACUGUGUUUUGGACUAACAAGCCAAAUGUUGGACCAGCUUGUUGCAAGGCAAUCACUGGGAUGAGCCAAGAUUGCUUUUAUCGCUUGAUUCCGCCGUCCAUUAAUGACUACUUUAGUCCUUACAUCAAGGAACUUUGUUCUGCUGCUCCUCGUUAUGCAUGA